CGCGCGAGUCUCCAACAAGAUGCCACACUACGAGAUGGAAUGGUUCGACUCUCUAGUUGCAGCAGCUGGGUCCGUCCUUGAUGAGAAUCCGUCUAUCUCAACGGACGAAGUCUGCCAAAAGCUCCAAUCCAAGGUUCCUGAAUCAUUCACUUUCAGGCAGUUAACAGGAUCAGCUGGGAGAUAUCUUUCCAAGAACCUCACCACCACCACUCCCGGAACCCCUACCCGACAGCAAUUCACCCUAGCAGUCCUCGCCUGCCUGCGUCUCGAUGACCGAAUCGCACCCGAACACGAUUCAACAAGCGCAAGCGAAGAAACUUCAGAUAACGGAGAUAACGAGGACAGCCUCCCACUAGGAACCCGCCUAGCUCGCUCCAUAGCCAAGGCAAUCUCCCCAGUCCUUGCUCAAAAGCCAAACAGCGACUCAGACGACCUCGACGACUCCAACACCCAACUCCGCGCUCACCUCACCACACAAUGCCUCUCUGCCGCCGACUCAGCCUUCAAAAUCCUCGAGCUCCUCGCCUCACGAGGUCCGGAAACCCUCGAUAACCCCGACGUCCUUCUCACUCUCAUCUCCUACACCAACCCCGCCGAGGAAUGGACGACCCCCGAUCUAGCGGCCCGCGCCACACUGCUUCUCCAGCAACACCUCGAUUUCAGCUCUGCCCCCGAAACCCCCGGAAAGUCCAACAAAAGACAAGAAUUCAUCACUACCCACAUCCUCCCCACCUACCUCCGCCCCCUCUUCUCCCGCUCUUCCCCCUCCCAACCACUCAUCACCCCCUCCGGCCGCCCCUCCGCCUACGGUCAAAACCCCGACGCCCGCCCCUCCGGUCUCCCCGAUGACUCGAGCAAGACCAAACCGUGGAAAUUCGUCGACCUGCGCGCCGUUUCCGUGUUCGAGUGGGCUGUCUCCGAAGCGGACGAAGAGACCACAAUUACCAAGUCUUGGCCGCUUUUCAUUCCCGUGCUACUGACGUUGGCGGAUGAUAACUCUACGGUUGUCCGAAAAAGGGGACUGGUCAUCCUGCGGAAGUUCUUGGAGAAGUUUCCGAGUAGGAUUUUGGGCGAUACAGGGCUGGCUAAGGUGUUUGAGGACACGGUUUUGCCUAGUUUGAGUUACUUGCCUAGUAUCACGCCGGAGGAGGAGUCGGUGGAGUUGUUGGGACCGGCGUAUGCGGCGUUGAGGUGUUUGGCGGGGAAGCUGUCCGGGGAGAAGAGGAAUAAGUUACUGGAUAGGGUGGUGAGGGAGGGAAUACUGCUGGGGUAUUUCCAUGCAAAGGAGUAUGUGAGGAUCGUGGAGGUGUUGUGUCAGGAGAUGGGAGAGGUGUUGGUGGAGAUGGGGGUGAAUGCGGUUAAACAUCUCAAGGAUAUCAUCCCCAUGCUCUCAACAAUCUUAACGGAUCCUUUCGCCUCCCUCCAUCCACCAACCCUUCUAUCCGCCAUCAAAGCCCUCCAAGCCGUCCUCGCAACGUGCUGGCCUCGGAUUCCCAACUCGCCUUGGCAAGAUGAGAUUAUUAAUUCCCUGGUGCUCUGCUGGCUCAAUCUUGACGCCUCUGGUUCCUCCGGAGACAACUUCCCAGUAAUCAGACAGGCAUUGGUCCACACAGCAGACGCACUGGCCGCUGUCCUGGCUACGGAGGUGGAGGAGGGCAAACCGACCAUCAAUCUCUCCGAAGUCGUCGCACCGCUAGUGGCGAAAGAGCCUUCUCUUUCCCAGCUUUUCUCCGCGGCGUCGAACGAGGAACAGAACUCGGGGUUGGAGUCCUGAAGUUGUCGCAGAGGCGCUGGAUUCGGGUCCUCUCCCUGCCUCUGGAUGGUGAGCGACUUUGUUCGUCAUCUCCGGCUUGAGCCCCAAGGUCCCGUCUGCGUCCUCUGGCAGCCCCAUCCAUCCCAUAACAAACACCCCGACCAACACCACCC